AUGCAGAUCCUGGUUUCUAAUACCUCCCCAGCUGCGAGACGUGGCGACACGGGAGUCCACCUCGCAAUCAGGCAAGAUUACCCAUUUGAUGGCGCCCCACCCGGGGACCCUAUCGUCAGAAUCCAGAUCGCCUUCUAUGGAUUUGCAGAAAAAUUGGAUAACGAGAUCGAAUACCUCGCCAAAGCCGCGAUGGGCGACUUGCAAACUCGUGUCCCGCACAGCGUGAACUGGCCACCCGGAAUGAUGGCGUUGGCACUUGAACACGAAUUAGGCCCCGUCGUGGAACAGAGAGCACGAACGGUCUUCCCCUCGUUCGCCAUGCCGGAGAUUUCUCUCGAAAGGGAAAUUGCGCUUGAAUCAAUGACGUGCUACUAUGAGGAACACUAUCCGUCUUCCGCUAAGCCAAGGUCAGGGCCAGAACGCCAGCGGGAAGAAGAUAAUACCUGGUCCAGCCAUUCCAUCAGACUUUCAACACCUCGGCCAUGA